AUGGCGCGUCUUAGCGUCGCGUUCCUUGCGCUUCUCUUCCUUGCCGUAAUCAUCUGCGCAGAGGCGAGCAAGGCGAGCACGCUUAGCAAGAAGGGCAACAAGGACAAAAAGGGCGGCGUGAAAGGAGGCGUGAAGGCAGGAGGCGACGUCAAAGGAGGCGUCCAGGCAGGAGGCAACGUCAAAGGAGGCGUGAAGGCAGGAGGCGAGGUCAAAGUAGGCGUGGGCGUGAAGACAGGAGGCUCGGUCAAAGGAGGCGUGAAGAAGGGCGGUUCCAAGAAAGGCGGAACGAAGAAAGGCGGAUCGAAGAAGCCGGUGGCGACGCCACCCAAGAAGGUCGGUGCUUCCUCCGCCAAGGGCGCCGACCUGACGAGCAACACAGAUUCGUACAGCACCUUCAGCGCGGGCGAGGUUACGAUCAAAGGCGCGUCGUGGAACGCGAAGAAGUGCCCGAACGACCUGGCUAAGAAGGACUGGGGCGGAUGCACCGCCGUGAACUGCUCCAAGGGCGGCUGGCCCGCCAAGUUCAAGACGUCGAUCAUUACGGCCCAGAAGGGGAAGCACUGGGCGACCAUCCUUCCCAACGGCGGUUUCUCCAAGAAGAAGGCUACCCCCGAGUCGUGCUGCAACCAGUGUGCCGCGAGCCACGACUGCACCUACUGGCAGUUCGUCCCCGGUGCCGGCAGAGAGAUGGGGACUUGCGAUCUGAUGGCCGGCGAGCAGAAGUUCGAAUGCGGCGACCUGGCAGCGAUUUACGAGGGCAAGGACAAGCCUGUGUACAUGCAGGUGCGCGCCGGCGGCAGGUGCAACGACAACCCCGAGGUCAUCGAUGACCCGCACUUCACUGGCGCGCACGGCACGCACUUCGACUUCAACGGCCGCCCCGACAAGGCGUUCUGCCUGCUGACGGAUAAGAACGUGCACGUGAACAUGCUGCUGAGGGGAUACUACGACGACCGUACCGAGGGCGCGGCUCUUGUUGUCGACGGAAAGGCCGUUCACACGUGGAUCAAGGAGCUCGGUAUCGUGUGGUUCGCCAACGGUGCCGACCACCGUCUCCGAUUGGUUGCCCGCAACGGCAAGGAGCAGGAGCGCGGUGCUGGUUACAUGAAGGCCAUUGAGGUUGACGGUACCGUGAUCCAACGGCUGGCGCUCGGCGAGGAAUUCAACGGCGACGGUGGCCUCACGGUCGCCCUCCGUGCGUACGAGAAGCAGGGCCCGUACGACGUGGAUUACUACACCGUUUCAAUCGCAGGUAUCAUCUCCUUCGACAUCCGCCUGCGUGUGGCUCACCCGAAACUCCAGACCCCCAGCGACGCCGAGGUUCACAUCAACGUGGCCGUUACAUCUUUCGACUACACGGAGAACGUUCACGGCGUGCUUGGUCAGACUUACAGGGAGGACCACGUCGACCGUGCGAUUGAUUUCCAGCAGCUCGUGUCGUCGCUCCAUCGCCCGGUCUCUGCUGACGGGGAGCUCGGCGCGGGAUUCCUGGAUGGAACUCCCCGCGCGUACGAGGCUGCGUCUGUCCUCGGUGUGGACUGCGCGAUGGCAGCGUACCACCGUGCCAUGCCUGAGGUCUCCGCUUCCAACUAA